AUGUCGACUCCCACCGCCUACGUCACUCUACCGGAAGUGUUUGACUCCACCGCGGACCGACUGCCCACCAAGACAGCCGCUGUGGUUUACCAGAGCAGGCAGCAGAGAGAAUGUCUGACUUUUGCCGAACUUCAGAAACAGUCCAAAACACUGGCUGCAUCACUUUUGCAACGUGGGUAUACAUUUGGGUAUCGUGUGGCUUUUUUCGCGCCAAACUGCAUUGAAUAUUUUUCUGUUCAACUGGCAUUGAGUCGCAUUGGCUGCAACACGUUUCUUCUCAGCAACUUGGCCACCCUUGAAGAUGACGUUUGGCAAUACAAAUGCCGUGCUCUGAUAAUGUACAUAAGAACCGACGAAGAGGUGGAUGUAUGCAGAAAGAUACUCGCCCGAAGAUCACGUGAGACCUUGCAUAAAGACGUCAUCAUCUUUGGUCCAAAAAGUGACGUCAUCACCUCUGGUCCAAAAUAUGAGGUCACCACGGAGGGUACCGUGACCCUCAGCAACGUCUUUUCAGCAGGAGAGGGACAGAACUGGGAGGACCUCGUGGCAAAAAUGGGAUGGAUGGCACCAAACCCGGAGGACCCACUUUGGGUCUUAUUUACGUCUGGUUCCACUGGUAAACCCAAGGGAGUCCAGUACACCCAUACCAAGUAUCUACACCAGUGUCCCUUCCUUGCCAUGGCAAGUAUCGGGGACGACAGCUGUUUCUUCAACGACCGCCCUGUUACCUGGCUUGGCGGUAGCAUGACGUUGCUUAGUAUGGCAGCGUUUGGAGCGACAGGAGUGACAGUGAAUUCUGCUUUGGUGGUCGGUGGUGGAGACAUGGAUUUUGUCAUAGAAAUCCUUCAGCAGGAAAAGUGUUCGCAUACAUCAAUGAUGCAUUAUUUUAUGGUUGAUCUUUUCGCCCGUUUCGAUCCCUCGGUUCAUUCGGUGCCUUCUCUUCGGCACAUUCUUACAGGGGGUCAAAGAAUGAACCUGGAUGUCAUAAAGAAAAUACAAGGCCUGUUGACUAACGUGGAAGAUGUGGCAGAAUGUUACGGUACGGCCGAGGUGGGUUUGAUGGCGGGCACCCUAUGCAACCAGACUUACAAUGGCCAAGACGGGGAAGAAAUUUACGAAGGUACAGAAGUAAGAGUUUUGGACGAAAACCACCGAGACGUCCCUCGCGGAACCAGCGGCGAAAUAUGCGUGCGUUCGCCGACCAUCUACUCCAAUUGCUACGUGGACAACGAGAGGGCCUCUCGAGAAGCGUUUGAUGCAACUGGUUGGUUCUGUACUGGUGAUAUCGGUGUUAUGAACUUGACUGGCAGGAUAACAAUCAGCGGACGUAAAGAUGACAUGAUCAAACGAGCAACGCUUAAACUAUUUCCUGCAGAAAUCGAGGCAAUCCUCAAGCAGAACCAUGUCGUCAAAGAUGUCGUUGUCAUUGGCGCACCGGACGUCCGGCUGGGUGAGGAAAUUUGCGCUUGCGUCAUUCUCGAUGAAGUGUCGUCACUGGCUGACGUUAAAGAGUGGUGUAAAGAAAAGUUCUCCAUUGGACGUGACGGUUUAUCUCUUGCACCGGCUUACUAUGUUACUUUUUGCGAAUUUCCUACCACAAGUAAUGGGAAAACCAACCGAAAGUUGAUCAAGCAAACGGCUUUGGAAAAGCUGCAAUUAUAG